AUGGAACUGCCUCCAGGCCACCGGCUGAAAAAGCCGUCGACGUACAGUCGCGAGGCAGCCAUAGCCGCUGUAACCCAGCUUUACAAAUUUCUUACCUCUCUCUUGUAUAUAGAACUAACCGACAUUCUCUACCCUCCACCCGGAGGAUGGCCGCACAUCACUCAGGAAAAUGAGGCAUUUGCCUCUCUCAAGAAAACCGACGAGGUAAUCGAGCUGCUUCGUCACUUGCCCUACCUGGACUCCAGACGCGAUACUUGGUUUAUCAGACCCUGGAGCGAUGCAUGUGAUUAUGUGAACCAAGAUCCUCGCAAAUAUUUGCCCGUCGUGCCCGAUGACUUCGAGUUCCCUCCAUGGGUGAUCAAUCUCACAGGUCAUGGAAGAUACGGUCAAGCUCUCAUGUUUGGCACAUCAGAUGGUAUGGUACGGCAACGGAAUAUGCCUCCGAUGGGUUAA